AUGCUGUUCGCCAGGCUGCAUGGUGUUGAUGUGGAUGUGGAUGCCGUGUGGAUGUCGUGGAACGUUGGAGAUCGGGAACUAGCACAAGAAUCGGUUUGGAACCAAGGUUCAGAACAAUGGGUGAUGAGAGAGACCAUGUCGUGGUGGUCUGGUGUCCUGGGUGGAUGUGGGGGGUGGAAAGGGCUUGCCCGCCUUUUAGGUUACCUAGGUAGGGUGGUAGAGGUCGAGGUGGAAAUAGCUGUUCUUUCGAACCUUUCAAAACUCGGAUUAGGACCAGUUUUUGGUCUACCUGCUAUCAGUGUCGGUAUCAGUAUCGGUAUCAGUAUCGGUAUCAUUGUCAGUGUCAUUGUCAGUAUCAGUGUCAGUGUCGUCACCAACGUCAACCUCAAUAUUAACAUCACCCCGUAUCACCAGAUGUCCAGUCGCGUCAUCGUCAAAUACCACUGGAUAAACUAG